AUGAAGGGCCUGCUGCAGAAGCAGAAGGAAAGGGACAAGGCCAGAAGCUUCAAACGAGAGAACAAGAACCGGCCCAUGGAGAUGUCGUCCAAGCGGCCUGUCCCUAGGCUGCGGGAAGUCGUGCAGGUCUCCAAGAAGGAGGGGCGGGACCCGCGCUUUGAUAGCCUGUCAGGCGCACUGCAGCAGGAUAGGUUCCGGAAACAGUAUGCCUUCCUAUAUGAUGAGCAGCUGCCUGCCGAGAAGGAGGAGCUCAAGUCUACGCUGCAGAAAACUAAAGGCCUGGACAAGAAGAAGGAGCUGCAGGCACAGCUGACGCGCGUGCAGCAGCAGAUUCAGGAUGAGCGCUCCAAACGGCGCAAGGAGGCAUGGGAGGCUGAGCAGAAGAAGAAGGAGCGGGAGGCAGUAAAGUCGGGCAAGGGGGUGUACUUCCAGAAGCGCAGCGAGAAGAAGCGACAGGAGCUGAUCAUGCGUUACCAGGAGCUCAAGGCCACAGGGCGCCUGGAGAAGGUCAUGGCCAAGCGCCAGAAGAAGAAUGCCGCCAAGGAUCACCGCUAUCUGCCCUCAACACGGCGGCAGGCAGAAUGAAGCACGAUGUCUUGUGUGCAACGCUGCAAUUCGCUUUGUUAUCUUGCCAAAACAUUUUGCGUGCUGCCAGGGUCAGCAUUAUGCUGAGAUGGUGUUCCUCUGCAUGCCGGGAGAAAGUCUUGCUGGUCAGUACGAUUGUAAUACCGCAAUUAUCUUUAC